ACUGAGUCGCCCGGGUACCUGUGUGUUCAAUAAACCUCUUGUUUUUGCAUCCGAAGCCGUGGUCUCGCUGUUCCUUGGGAGGGUCUCCCUGAACUGACUGACUACCCACUGCGGGAGUCUUUCAUUUGGGGGCUCGUCCGGGAUCGGAGACCCCUACCCAGGGACCACCGACCCACCUGCGGGAGGUAAGCUGGCCAGCGACUGCUCUGUGUCUCGUUUCUGUGUCUAAUCCUGUGACUCUGACUGUCUUUUCUGAGCGCGCGCAUUUUGGUUUCAGUUUGUUCCGGGUUAGUCGCUCUGGGAGCGAAGUGCGGGUAGCGAACAGACGUGUUCGGGGGCUCGCCACCCGGCAAUCCUGGGAGACGUCCCAGGAUCAGGGGAGGACCAGGGACGCCUGGUGGACCCCUUGGCAGAGGAUUAUUGUGUUUUGGUCUCACCGCGUCUCGGGAGGCGCGCUCUGCCAUCGGACUCUUUCUUCUAUUUCUACGGCACUCGGUCUCGUCGCCGUUUCUGGUUUCUUUUUGUCUUAGUUGUGAUAGGUCUUUGCGUCGUCGUUCCCCUAUUGGAAAUUUUCGAGAUGGGGCAAAGUGCCCUUACGCCCCUCUCCCUUACUCUAGAUCAUUGGAAAGAUGUCAAAGCCAGGGCUCACAAUCUGUCCAUGGAGAUCAAAAAAGGAAAAUGGCAGACUUUCUGUUCGUCUGAGUGGCCCACAUUCGGCGUAGGUUGGCCGCCAGAGGGAACCUUUGAUCUUACUGUCAUUUUUGCAGUUAAAAAGAUUGUUUUUCAGGAGACCGGAGGACACCCGGACCAGGUUGCCUAUGUCGUGGUAUGGCAAGACCUCGCCCAGAAUCCCCCUCCCUGGGUGCCACCCUCCAGCAAAGUCGCUGUUGUUUCGGGAUCAGAAAAUACUCAAAGGCCACCUACAAGGAAGCCUUCCGCCCCUCCCCAACCCCCCGUCCUCCCGACACCAGACGACUCGCUCCUUCUCUCUGAGCCCCCGCCCUACCCGGCGGCCCUGCCGCCUCCUCUGGCCCCUCAGGCGAUCGGACCGGUGCCGGGCCAGGCGCCCGAUAGUUCCGAUCCUGAGGGACCAGCCGCUAGGACCAGGAGUCGCCGUGCCCGCAGUCCGGCAGACGACUCAGGUCCUGACUCCACUGUGAUUUUACCCCUCCGAGCCAUAGGACCCCCAGCCGAGCCCAACGGCCUAGUUCCUCUACAAUAUUGGCCUUUUUCCUCAGCAGAUCUUUACAAUUGGAAGUCUAACCACCCGUCUUUUUCUGAAAAACCAGCAGGACUCACGGGACUCCUUGAGUCUCUUAUGUUUUCUCAUCAGCCCACUUGGGACGAUUGCCAACAGCUACUCCAGAUCCUCUUCACCACUGAAGAGCGAGAAAGGAUUCUCCUGGAGGCCCGCAAGAACGUUCUCGGGGACAACGGGGCCCCUACACAACUCGAGAACCUCAUUAAUGAGGCCUUCCCCCUCAAUCGACCUCAAUGGGAUUACAACACGGCCGAAGGUAGGGAGCGUCUUCUGGUCUACCGCCGGACUCUAGUGGCAGGUCUCAAAGGGGCAGCCCGGCGCCCCACCAAUUUGGCCAAGGUAAGAGAGGUCUUGCAGGGACCGGCAGAACCCCCUUCGGUUUUCUUAGAACGCCUAAUGGAGGCCUAUAGAAGGUACACUCCGUUUGAACCCUCUUCUGAGGGGCAGCAGGCUGCGGUUGCAAUGGCCUUCAUCGGACAGGCAGCCCCAGAUAUCAAGAAAAAGUUGCAGAGGCUAGAGGGGCUCCAAGAUUAUUCCUUACAAGAUUUAGUGAGAGAGGCAGAAAAGGUGUACCACAAGAGAGAGACAGAAGAAGAAAGACAGGAAAGAGAAAAAAAAGAGACAGAAGAGAGAGAGAGGCGGCGUGAUAAACGCCAAGAAAAAAAAGCCCCAGGAGCUUUUGGUUUCAGCUCGGUGGUCAGCCAGGUGGUGGAUGGUGGUAGGCAGGGCGGAGGCCCACGGCUCCAGCAGUCGCUUCCGGGCCCCAGGGGCGAAUGGUUCAGGCUCCUCUGUGCUCGCCAAAUUUUUCUUAAAAGAUAA